AUGUAUGUCGCCCUGUGGACCGCCCUCCUGGAAUCGGGUUUCCUGCUUGCGGCCGACUUUGCAGCCGCUGAGCCCUUCAAAUUCAUCGCUCAACGAGCCGAGCCUUCCUGGACAUACAUUGGUUGCUACUCCAGCCGUACUGGUCUGAACAACAAAACAUCAUAUACCUUUCAAAGUUACGGAUGGUGCUUGGAUAGAUGCAUCAAGACCAAUGCUGCUACUUUUGCUCUCACAGGGGGUUCUGAUUGUCUGUGCGGCACUGAGUUGCCGCCAUUAUCAGCCAAGGUUGCCGAGGGCGAAUGCAACCUGCCAUGCUGGGGCUUCACCUCUGAUAUGUGCGGUGGGAAUGAAUUCUAUUCUGUUUAUAAAACUGGCUUGAAGAGCGACGUCCCAACCCAACCCCAGAGCACGACGACCUCAAAUGUCUCAAAUACCCAACCAACUGCCUCAGCUACGGGUGAUAACGAAAGCAGCAGGACCGAAGAAAAGACACAAUCAACCUCCAAAACUGGCGUUAUUGCUGGUGGAGUUGUUGGUGGAGUGUGCGGGGCUGUUGCUAUCAUUGGUGGUGUAAUUUCUUUCUGGCAAUACAAAAAGCGCAAGGUCAUGGCUAAAUAUGGUAUCGAUGCCGGUGGCAACGGCGCCAACACAACACCGAUGUCAGAAUUCAGGUUUGAUGGCGACUAUAUUCCACAACGGCAUCAAAGCAAUGGCAGCAUCGACGAUUAUCGCGAAUUCUCUUGUCGGGGCUUGCAUGUGACCAACCCCGACUAA